AUGAAAACAAUCGUCUGUCUUUCUGCACUUCUUUUGGUAUCAAACGCCAAGCAAUUUUCUCUUACUGAAAGGGUUUCUAGUGCUUUCAAUAAGCUUAUUGCCAGAAAGUCACUUCAGUCAGUCUCGACUGCUAUUGCUAUUGCUGAGGAGGAUCACAGUUGGCCCAAAGUAAAAGUUCCACUAAACUUCGAACUUAAUGCUAACGCUUACCAUCUCGAUGAAACUAAUUCAACCCUCCUCCCAUACAAAGAGAUGCACAUGCAAAUGAAAGUUGAUACCGAUUCUAACAGAGUGUAUCAGCAUCUCAUCUUUGGUGCGUCAGGAAACCUGAAAGAACAGGAGUCACUUGAGGACUUCACUACUCACCAUUAUAUUGAGAAAACCAAUAUGGGACCUCUUAAAAUCUGCAAAGAGAGGAAAAUUCCAGCUGAGAUCAAUGUUAAAACUGUUAUUCAAAAGUUCAACUAGGAAAACAAUAACAUCACUAGCUAUCUUGGCAAGCAAAUGCCAGCAUGGGCUUAAUGCGAAUUCCAUGUUUUCCAAGCAGUUGAUGAGCACUACUACUUUUGCCCAAAGACUUUAGAGUUGAAGUAUCUUUAACAAGGAAACAUCUUUUUCAAGAUUGAAAAUGGCCUGGUAGAGAAGACUUUCACCAAUGCUGACUUCAACAUGACUAAGUGCAAUGCACUAGUUCAAACUUUCUUAGAUGUAGCAAUGAAGAGACAUCAAACUAUGCUUGAACAAUUCAUGCUUUUCUAAUGA